AUGACUGGUACACUUGAGUUUUUCCGGACAUUCAUUUACUCAUUGCUCACUAGAGGGAGGCUUUAUCCAGUUGAAAUCUUUUUCAAAAGCCUUAUUUUCUGUCUUGGAAAUGGAUUCCUUCAAGGCCACCAUCUGAUUUAUUGUGCUGAAUAUCCUUCUAACUGGCACACAGAUAUAAGAUUUGGCUUGGGUGUCUUCAUAUUUAUUUUGGGAAUGGUAAUCAACAUUCAUAGUGACUAUAUUAUGCGCCAGCUCAGGAAGCCUGGAGAAACCACCUAUAGGAUUCCACAAGGUGGACUGUUCACAUAUGUCUCGGGAGCCAAUUACCUCGGGGAGAUCAUUGAGUGGAUGGGCUUUGCCCUGGCUACGUGGUCCCUUCCAGCACUGGCAUUUGCCGUUUUCUCAUUCUGCUUCCUUGGGCUACGAGCUUUUCACCAUCACAGGUUCUACCUCAAGGUUUUUAAGGAUUACCCCAGAUCUAGGAAAGCCCUCAUCCCAUUUAUCUUUUAA